ACCUUUGGAUGGGGUCCAAAAAGUUUCCAGCUUGCACCAAAGGUCCAAAAUCAAGGUUUUCAUGGGUUUUUAGUCCAUUCCGUCAUUGACCGUUUGUUUGGGGCCGUUAGUGCCUUCACGUGCCCUCCAUGUGAGGGCAUUUUGGUCAUUUUAGGUCCUAGCCUCCGUUGCCGCCACUUCAAUUAAUUAGAUUGCAGACUGUACACUCCUUCGUCUUCUACUCAUACCUCUUGAUUCAAACGCAAAAACCCUAACGAUCGUCUGAAAAUUGGAUUGUGUUCCUGCUUUUGAAAAUGUGGGGACUUAGAAAUGUUGGAGAGAUUGUCAACGUUCAAGAAGUUUAUGCUGGUUACCCCAACAUAUUCUCUAUUGAACUUCAUCACGGAGGGAGUUUCACAAAGUUUCCAAAUAUCAGGUAUAUUAAUGGCCAAGUAAGGUACUUUGAUGUUGUCGACAUUGAUGAAUUUUCUGUUCAUGAACUAGACUUGAUAAUGAGAGAAUUAGGGUAUGAUGGUACUGAAAUCAUGUAUUACCAUUUCCGUUUGCCUAAUGAAGGAUUUGACUUUGGACUCCGAGCAUUAGGUAACGAUGAUGAUGUGCGUAAUCUCUCACGGGUUAUAAUAGAAGACAUGGAGAAGCAGGAUUCCAUUAGACCUUCAUCACCUGUAGUUGCUCAUGAAGUGGUAACUCCAAUCCAAAUUGAUGUUGGUGAGGGUGAUUUAGGGUUAGCAUUAACCUUAUACAAAUCAGCAACACCUGAAUUUAGUAGGUCUAAAGGUUGGAAACAUAGUAAAGGGGCAUCGUCAACCAGGAAAUUCAGAAGGAUAUAUGUGUGUUUAGGUCCUUUGAAGAAAGGUUUUAAGGCAGGUUUGAGAGAAUUUUUAGGCUUAGAUGGAGCCUUCAUGAAGGGACCUUUCCCAGGUCAAAUACUAAGUGCAGUUGGUGUUGAUUCCAACAAUGGAACCUACCCAUUGGCAUAUGCUGUUGUUGAAAGUGAAAACACUUCAAGUUGGAAAUGGUUUCUUCAGUGUCUUGCAGAAGAUCUUGAGUUGUAUUCAAAUUCCAACUUCACCUUUAUUAGUGAUAGACAGAAGGUACUAUAG